AUGCAGACAGACAAAUAUGUCAUCAGUUCAAAUGUGAAGGGGUCAGGUAGCUAUGGAUGCGUGCUUGAAGGCCAUCUGAAAAGCGAUCCGGCUGUGAAGCUUGCAUUUAAGUUUCUCCGUGUAACUGACGGUCAUGGACUUUUGCCUCAUACCCAGACCAGAGAUAUCAUGGCACUGGUUUCCCUGGAGAAGAUUAUGGCUGAAAGACCCGAUUUGGGAGGUGGAGACAUAUUCGUGGACUUCCCGAUUAUUCCACUUCUCGAUAUUAUAAAUGGAAGCGACGUGCAGCUAUUAGAUCCGCACCCACCUAUAGACUAUGUUCCCUACUCUUUGAUUUUAGUCUUUCCUUUCUGUCCAUGCGACCUGCAUUCAUUUUUACACUCAGGCAAUCUCAUCAAUUAUUCAUGGGAUCGGUUUUUGCAUUUGUGCUUUCUCCUAGUCCGUAGCGUGGCUAUUUUACAUUCUGUUGGCUGGUCCCAUCGCGACAUCAAGCCCAGCAACGCCCUAGUCUCCGGUGACGGGCAGCUCCUCCUUUGUGACUUCGGGAUGGCACGCUGUGAAAUUCCUUUCUUCGGUCGGUUUGGUCACAAAGGCUGCUACAAUCACUCUACAAAGCGCUACCUUCGGAACAAGAUGACAGACGUGGGGUCAAUCAAUUGUAAAGUGCCAACUAUCCCACAAUUGGAAUUGCUGAACGGCAACACCGCCAUAUGUGGAACGGUUUGGUGGCGAGCUCCUGAACAGUGCUUCGGGCUGAACAAGCACUACUCUGGAUUUGUGGGAGACUCAUGGAGCCUGGGAUGCAGUAUCUGUGACUUGAUAUUCGAUGUACCCCUGUUCAAGACAAUCCACCGUGAUGAUCUCAAGGCUACUGGAGAGGUUCUAGCACUGAUUAACUAUCUCAAUCCUCUUGUUAAUUGCACAAAGUAUCACGCUGGAUUCCUUGACACCAGCAAGCACCAGAUGCGGGCAGAACUAUUCAAUGUCUAUAAGCAGACCAUCAGAGCACUGAACUCAGAUGAGCUCAUAGAGAAACUGUUUGCGUUGAGAAGUAAAAAUGACAAGCUAAAGUGUGUCGAUGACGAAGAUACUACGUCGUCUCCGAAUAAGCACCUGCAGGAUCGGGAUCCGUCCAUACGUGCAAGAAGCCUUUCGCUGACUGUUGCUUAUGAAAAGCAUAAGAGUGAGCGAAUAAAAGCUGUUCGCCAGACCUUGGGGCCGCUGGUUGCGGAGAGAACGCCAGAGGGGAUCAACUCUAUCUCUGAGAGCAUACGGCUAGCGCGAUUGGUCAUGAGAAAUAUGCUCUUAUUGAGCGGGAAGUAUUGGAGGAGGAAGAUUUACUACACCACAUCCAGCUACAGUAUCCGUGAGCUUCUGUUUUUCAGCCUUUUGAUUCGGUUUUCUAGUACCACUGGAUUGGAAACCCUUCGGACAUCAUCCUUACAGCUAGGGCACUACAAGGACCUUCUUAUUCUGCUGGAGCUCAACGAGGAUGUCGUUGUAGAGAUGCGAACACUAGCAGCCCUUCUGGAAAAGAUGCUAAAUAUAGAUCCAGAUGGGAGGACUCUCCCAACAAUAGUGAUGAACAGCCCCAUUUUCAAGGCGCUGCUGGGGAGCACUGGAAUUGACAUCCAUGAUUUAAAGGAUAAUAAGCGCUCGGUUCAACUGGAGAAAUAUAAAUUUCUUCAGAAUCUGCGCUGCCUGGUAUCAUUCGAUAUGUCCACUUUAUUAACAAUAAGUAUAAUCACUGUCAUUGAGAAAGUGUCGGUCCCAAUACUUCAGAACUUCAUUUGGGACUAUUGCUCGGUGGAGUAA